GAUUUCCCCGGAAUGUGCUUCGCCUCUACUCGUUGUGCCACCAUCGAACCUGGAAAGUCCUGGGAUCUGGCUCCAUUCUGUGGACGUUCGACCUGCGUAGUUUCGGAAACUAACCCAUCUCAACUGCUGGAACUGGUUGAAGAUUGCGGACCACUGCCACUGGCCAACGACAAGUGCAAGCUGGAUACGGACAAGACCAACAAGACCGCCCCGUUCCCGUACUGCUGCCCGAAGUUCACCUGCGAGCCAGGCGUGAAACUGGAAUACCCAGACGUCAAGGGCCCGGAAGCUGCUCCGGAAGACGACAAGAAGAACUAAGCUGGGACACCCGAAAUUAAAUCCUGAAACGACCAACAUGAGAACAACAAAAUAGAGUAUUGAACACCCAACCUCAAGAGCGUCACACUUGGUUCGGUAUUCUUCCGUUUUUUUUUAUUAUUUGUACCGAUACCGGACGUAGACUAUUAAGGCUAAUCUCAACAAAUGGCGCAAAAAAGUGUAUUAUCGAACAAGGAACACACCAUAUACCUAUUAGUCAAGUAUGUGAUAUUAGAAAUAUGUAUUUAUCAGAAAAGUACUAUUUUAAAACACAAUAUUUCGUUACCAAACUGUUGGCGCGAAGAUUGCGCAGUUUGCCGAUUUUCGCCGAAUAUGGACAAAUUGAUUAUACUCAAACAGUCUUUUUCUCGAUGUUGCUAAUACUUAAUUUUGUUUUGUCACAUGAAAAAGUACAGAUUUUAUAAAUAAAGUUCUCAUUUUUCACUAAA